UACUCUCCGUUUUUCCUGAUCAUGCUUGAAAAAAUAUUGCAUCAACAAUUAUUUUUCAUAAACAAAAAAAAAUCAUAAUAUCUGUUGAGGUUGGCUAUUUUAGGCUAUUUUGGUUGGCUUUCCAACCAUAUAUGACGACCGAUAGUUGCCAACACUGACUGAACUAGUUCGUUUGCAAUAAUUGCAUAGAAAAUCUGCAUCUGUGGUUGAAGCUUGUUGUUUUUUCUAUACAGAAAGCACAUUUGAGCUAUUGUAACCACGGAUUUAUUGACAAGUGUCAUGUUAAGGAGCUGCGGAAAUUCGGAAGUACACAUCGGGAAAAUCGUUCAUCUUAAAAGAUUGGAAGUUCAGAAAAUUAUUGCAAAUCUCAUAACCAUGCUGAGACAGGCAAAGUUGAGUUAUAAUAUUGCGGCUCUGAUUUCCAUACACCUUGUGGUAAAUAAUUUAUCGGGAAUUAUUAAGCUACCGAAAAUUUCAAUAAGACGGAAGAUCGCCUAAGAUAAAUAAUUCGUCAAAAGUGUGACUAUUUAUUUUUAAUAAUUCAAAGUCACAUUAAUUGAUAGUUAAAACAAAUACAAAAAAAGUUCUAUAUUCUGGGACCUGAAUAUUUCUGAAAUUAAUAAAUAUUUCAACAAAAAAUGAAGUUAUUAGAGAGCUCACGUUUCGAGGCAAUCAACAAUGCUCUUUCUAUUCAAACAAGCGGUGUAACAAUCUUCGGACGCAUUGAAAGUUAUUCAUGUAAAAUGGUUGCUGCAGAAAAAGCUUUGUAUAAGCGAUUUACGGCUGAAACUCAUGGACAUGAUCUUCAGGCACUCUCGCCUCCUCAAACUUUGACCGACUUUUCACCAAACUUCUGUCGAAACAACAGCCAAUCGGGAGAUGAGGGCAAAACUCUUUGUGAUACCAUCUCUAGAAAAACAUUGUUUUAUCUAAUUGCAACUUUAAACGCAUCAUUUGAGCCGGAUUAUGACUUUACUGAAGCAAAGUCGCAUGAAUUUAGCAAAGAGCCAUCAUUACAGUGGGUUAUGAACUCAAUCCAUUCGAAUUUAUCGGCAUUAGCUGGAGAUCAGUACCAAGUUUUACGCCAGCCGUUAUGGUCAGCUGUGGAUGACGAAGUAAAUUUAUCAGAUUGUGACAUAUACAGUUAUAAUCCGGAUCUAAGCUCCGACCCAUUUGGGGAGCCAGGCUGUUUAUGGUCUUUUAAUUAUUUCUUUUACAAUAAGAAAUUAAAACGGAUUGUGUUUUUUACAAGCAGAGCAGUAAACUCACUUUAUGCUAGUGAAACCUUGGAUUUUUCGAUGGAAGACGAAGUAUAUUAAUUUAUUGAUUAGAAUUGGUUAAAAUUGUUUAAUGUACUCGU